AUGAACCACGGCACGACGCUGCGCGCCAUGCGCGCUCCAGACAAGGUCAACGCCAUCGCCUCCUCCCGCCCAGCGGCCCUCGACCUCCCCGAGAAGAAACCCGACGCCUCAAAGUUUGGCCACCUCAUCCAGACGGGCAAGGCCUACAUCAAGUUCUACAAGACGGGCCUCAAAGCCGUCUUCUCCAACCGCCACAUCCAAGACGUCAUCCGCGCAAAGAGCACCUCGGUUGAAGGCUUCCGCGCCCCCUCCGUCUUCACGCCGGGCGUCAUCCCCAAGGGCUUCUCGCGCGCCGACUGGGUGCUCCUCUGGCGCGUGCGCCACGACGUCCUCCGCGUGCCCCUGUUCGGCCUCGUCCUCUUGGUGUGUGGGGAAUUCACCCCGCUCAUCGUCAUCUUCGUCGACGGCGUCGUGCCGUACACGUGUCGCCUGCCGCGGCAGAUCGACGCCAGCUUCUCGCAGGCUGAGGAGCGCCGGCACAAGUCGUUUGCCGACUUUGAGCGGGCUGCGCCGCUGGGCGUCGCGGGCACGCAGGGGACGGCCGCGAGGGCGCCGGCGAGCAUGUGCUGCAGUCUGCAUAUGCCCGGUAUGAUGUGGGAUAAGAUUGGUUUUAUCCCGCCGGGUAUGUGGGCGACCAAGGGCAAGCUGCGGAUGGCUUUCCUGGAAGGCGAUGACAGGUUGCUGGCGCGCGAUGGGGGCGCGGCCGCGUUGGAGGAGCAGGAGGUGAAGAUUGCGGCUACGGAGCGCGGUAUCGACUGCGCCGGUCGCGGGGAUGAGGAGCUGAGGAAGUUGCUCGAUGAGUGGCUGCGCCUGACGGAGGCUGAGGAGAGUGCGGAGAGGAGGAAGCGCAUGACGGUUCUCUUGACGACAAGGACGGAGAAUUGGCCAAAGGACCGAGACGAGACUUUGCUCUCCCGAGUGGCAUCUUUGAGUCGAAUCACACACAGCGGACUUGUAUAG